GAUUUCAGUAGAGGUUCAAGUGUUCAACGAUUUCUUCUAAUCCUCAUCUUCAACAAUUGUUUACGAUCUUUCAAGCCGUGAAUUUUACUCAACAUCAUGAAAUCGUCAAUUGAUCAAGUUAUGGAUGAUUUGGAUAUGCAUGACAUCGAAAACAAUCAUCUUGAUGAAGAAAAUCAUUAGUUCGGUUAUAUUGAUUCAGAGUUUCUUCAUAACGAGGAAAAUCAAUCGGAAACCCAAGAUAUGAAUGACAUCGGAAAUGAUCAUUACGAUGAAGAAAAUCAUCAAUUCAGAUCUGGUGAUUCAGAGAUUCCGGAUAAUGAUGGAAAUCAAUUGGAAAUCCAAGUUCAAAGUGACAAUGUUGCAGCACAAUAUGGCUCUUGCAAACAAUUAAUUGGAGCUGAUGGUUCUUUAUUUUGGAUUCCAGAGGUUGAACCUGGUUGGAUACCUACUUUGGGUUCAAUUUUUAAAGAUAUCAAAGAUGCUAUUAAGUGGUAUAAAGGAUAUGCAUUAAGAUCUGGUUUUUAUAUUAGAAAAUCAACAAAGAGGAAAAAGAGUGGAAUCACAACUUCGAAAUAUUUUAUAUGCAAUAGAGGGGGAUUGCCAAAAACUUUUACCUUAGACACAAUUAGUGAUGAUCAUAAUAAGCAAUUGAGAAAUAGUAAUUGUAAACGCACAAAUUGCAAAGCUUUUGUUGCAUUCAAAGCUAUACCACAUUCUUCAGAAGUUUACCUGUGGCGCUUUGAACAACAACACAACCACAAAUUGAUCAAUCAAGAUUGUAUGCAUCUUUCAAGAGCUAAACGUCAGUUGAAUGUUGUUGAUCAAGCUUUUAUACAUAAGCUUUCGAGUGCAAAGGUGGGGGAAACUACAACAUAUAGACUAAUGUGCGUUAUAAAAGGAGGAUGUGAAUUUGUUGAUGGAAUAGAGAUAGAUUGGAAAAUUUUUAAAAGGGAUAUAAAUUGUCACAUCGGGGGCACUGAUGCAAAUUUGUUGAUUACAAAGCUUCAGAAUCGUAAAGAGAAUGUUACAAAUUUUACAUACGAAUACAGAUGUGACAAGAAGCAGUUAAAUGCUCUCUUUUGGGCUGAUGACACUUCAAAACAAAACUUUGAGUUAUUUGGGGACGUUGUUUCGUUUGACGCAACAUAUCGUACAAACAGGUAUUGUAUGGUAUUUGUACCUUUUACUGGCAUUGAUAAUCACAAAAGGUGCGUCACUUUUGGAGCUGUGUUUUGGAAAAGCACCAAUCAUGGUCGUGACCGAUCAAGAUCAGCAAUGAAAAAAGCUAUUGAGAUAGUAUUUCCAUACACAAAACAUAGAUUUUGUAUGUGGCAUAUCACAAGUAAACUUCCAUUGAAGGUAAGCUGGGAAACAAUGAAUGAAUCAGAUUUUAAGGCGGACUUCAAUAGUAUAGUAUGGGACUCCAAAAUUGCUGUCAAUGAUUUUGAAAUGAGAUGGGAUGCAUUAAUGGUAAAAUAUAAGUUGCAAGACAAUAAAUGGAUGAAAGAUAUGUUUGAUUUGAGAAGCAGUUGGAUUCCAGCCUAUUUUAAAGAUGUACCGAUGUCAGGUCUAAUGAGAACAACUUCUCGGUCAGAAAGUGAGAAUUCAACAUUCAAUAGGGUAUCGCAUCAUGGUUAUACGUUAAACAAUUUUAUGAAUGCUUUUGAGUCUGUUAUGGAAAGGCAAAGGAAUAAUCAGAUCAAAUUUGAUUUUGAUACAUCUACUAUAAUUCCAAUCAUCAAAACACCUCUUGAAGAUAUGGAGAAACAUGCAUCUAUGGUAUACACCAGGACUAUUUUUCUCAUGGUGCAGAGGGAGAUUCUUCAUUCACUUGUUUCUUGUUCACAGAAGAGUGUUACAUCAGGCGUUGUUUCUGACAUAUGCAUUGUCAAACAUAAAAGGACAAAUAUAUCAAAGAAGAAGGUAGUAGUUGAGAAAAAAGAAAAAGUUGACAUCGAUUCUGAAUGGAAUUUUAACACAAGUGAAGGUGAUUUUGAGGUUGAAUUCAACAGAGAAGAUCUAACGGUGAAAUGUUCAUGCAUGCUUUUUGAGCGGUUUGGAAUUUUUUGUAGACACAUCUUCUGUAUUCUAAAGAUUUAUGACAUACAAGAGAUUCCGUCAAGAUACAUUCUUAAGAGAUGGAGAAGAGAUAUUAUCCCCACCACAGUUUUGAAAAGGACGUUUAGAUAUAGUGAUUCGUCUGGAAAUGUUGAGAAGGUUGCAUACAAAGCUUUUUCCAUGCUUGAUCAAUGCUGUCUUCAUUAA